AUGGGGGCGCCUAUCGAAGAGGUCGCUGACCCUGACGUGGUCGGUUGUUCAAUGCAGCUCAAACAGGGAAAGAGGCAAAUCCGCCUGCCAUCGUAUUUUCUUGUCUCCGUAUAUUAUCUAUCUAUCUAUCUAUCUAUCUAUCUAUCUAUCUAUCUACCUCAUCUUUUCAUAUCUAUCUAUCUAUCUAUCUAUCUAUCUAUCUAUCUAUCUAUCUCAGUCUAUUUAUAUCUAUUAUCUAUAUUUAUCUUCCUAAAUAGCGUAUAUUAUCUAUCUAUCUAUCUAUCUAUCUAUCUAUCUAUCUAUUUCAGUCUGUUAAUACCUGCCUGUCUGUCUGUCUGUCGUUCUAUCUGUUUGUCUCUCUCAGUCUUUUCAUAUCUAUCUAUCUAUCUAUCUAUCACAAUCACUUCACUAUCUACCUAUCUAUCUAUGACAAUCUUUUUUAUAUGUAUAUCAUUUUUUUAUCUAUAUAUCUCCCUCAUUUUUAUAUCUAUCUAUCUAUCUAUCUAUCUAUCUAUCUAUCUAUCUAUCUAUCUCAAUAUCAUCUUCUUUUUUUCUGUCCUUCCCUCUUUCUCUCUUUCUAUUCCCUUAUAUCUUUCAACCAUAAUAUUUCAAAUUGCUUUCACUUCUUCCCAACCGUUUCUUACCGGAGUAUUUUUUUUCUCUUCCCACUUUUCAUUCCACUUCCGCUUUACGUCCUUUUAUUUUUACCUAUUUUUUUUCUUCUGUCACUGCCUUCUACUUGUCGCCUUUAAUGACACUCCCAUCGUUACGUCUAUCGCGGUUCUUCAAGUUGAAUAUUACAAACUACAGCUGCAACCCUGCAACUGCUAA